AUGGGGCCUGAAUCUGUCAGAUCAACGCCGGGAACAGUUCACUUCCGGCAGCAACUACAGGAUCCCGAGUUCCGCCGGAAGUUUAUCCACACCUUGAUACUUUACUUUGCAUUCACAGCCCUAGGUGUAUGCCGUGCCCAGCAUGGCCCAGCGUUCUUGGACCUGGCCCAGAUCACUGGGAGCAAUGUAAAGGAAGCAUCCGUCUUCUACACGUCCCUCGCGGCAGGGGGACUCGUGGGAUCAGUCAUCAUGGGAGUCCUCAUUGAGAAAGUGGCCAAGCACAGGCAAGGCCUGGUGGCUCUUUUUGUCCUACUGAGCUCUGUCAGUUACAGCGUCAUACCAUGGAGCAACAACUACAUCUUGACCAUUUGUCUAUUUUUUCUCAAUGGGACAUUAACAGCAGCUUUUGAUUCAGGUGGAAACUUUGACAUGAUGAGCACGUGGGGUGUAGGAGGCAAGAUGUUUAUGCAGAUUCUACACUUACUUUUUGCCGUCGGUACGAUCCUAGCACCACUCACCGUGGAACCGUUCCUUGCUGAGAAAAAAGACCACAACGCGACCCUCUGUGACAUAAAUAACGUACCACAGUCUUAUAACUACAGCGAGGGACAUGCAGUUGACAACUUGAAUGAAACAAGAUUCCCUAUUCCGGAGAGUUGCCACCCUUCCGAAAGUCGUAUUCAGUAUGCAUACAUGAUAGCAGGAGCGAUCAGUUUUCUGUCAGGAAUCAUGAUUACUGCAGAAUGCUUUUUCAGUCCUCCAAACUCGAAACGGAAAACAAGAAAUGAGAAUCAUCGAAAUCCUCGGGUGCUUCCCAGAUGGUUGCGUGUGCUUGUCCUUGGGAGUGUGGGAGGCCUUUAUUUCUUCAACACUUCUUCCACCAGUGUCAUCGUUGGCUACAUGAUGGCGUAUUUUGUAAAGGACCUUGGAUGGAGCAAGGAAAAGACUGCAAAUUUGACAUCGCUCUUUUGGGCGGGUUUUGCCGCCUCUCGUUUGCUAUGUGUGCUUUUGGAUCGAAUCUUCAACCCUCGUCAGCUUUUGUAUAUUUCUAAUAGUCUAAGCGUAUUGUCUUUAGCUGGUCUCCGGCUCAGUAUUUUUUAUAAAUCCGACCCAGGGAUAUGGAUCUGCAUGGCCCUUGCAGCAAUAGGAUUGUCAGGUAUAUUCCCAACUGGAAUUGUAUAUAUUGAAAAUGACGUGAUGAAGGUAUCAGGGGUAGUGACGACAGUCAUCUGGAUAGCUGGGAACUCGCAAGGAAUUCUGAACCCUUUGUUGCUCGGUUACCUCUUUCAGAUGGUCUCCUACAAAUGGUACAUCUACCUCGCUUUAAUCGAGGCCGUUUUGGCCUUCGUGUGUUUUGCGUCCCUUGUUGUGAUUGUAAAGACGCUUGUGACGAAGUAUGGCUCUAUUGAGUUGGAACAUACAGUUGAUGAGAAGGACACAGAGGAGACAUUUAUUGAGAAUAACGUGGGAAGCAAUGGCGAAACACGAUUGAAUGUUUAGACUCAAUUUAUACAAAUAGAAUAUAAUGCAAGAAGGUAGAGAGUGCUACA